UUAUGAGCUACUUUAAACAAUUGCUAUCGAAUCGAUAGCAUUGACAGGAAGUUCACAUUCAAGCAUGCAACGACCCACUGUACAUUUAGUGAUGGAUGCCCGGCCGAUAACUUUAGAGCCUGCGCUGUGGGGCACACGAGAAAUGUGCACAUCACUAGCACUGUUUUAAAUAGAUUUUAAGUAACCUUACGUUCGGUCUCAGAAAAAUGGCUUCCGAAUACCUGAGUGGUUAUCAAAUACCGCUAAUGACAACGUCAGGAGCACAGCCGGAGAAGAUUCGCGAGAUUGUGAACAUUGAGCUGACUGCGCCGCCAACGUCUUCAGUCAGUGCAAAGCGUUUGCUGCGUGCCGGAAAAGAAAAGCCAGUGGCAAAAAUGGAGACCGAUUCAGUUGUGCUGAAGGAUAAUGAACCAAUUCCUACGGUCACAUCCCAGCGCAAGCUAAAAAGGAAACUAAACGAAUCCGAGGAGGGCGGCGAGGGCAACAAUUUGGCGAUUUUUCAGGGCCGCGACGAAAGCUACCCGAACGAGCUGAACAAACUGAUUCAGCCGCUGUCCUGUCAAUUAUGCAAGGCACAGAUGACCUCCAUGAAGAGCGCCAAGGAUCAUUAUGAGUCCAAGGCGCACGAUCGUCACAUUAGCGCGUGGCUGGCCAAAAACUAUACCGAGGUGGGCUUGCAGACGCCGCCCAUUAAACGUCUCGUGAAACAGGGCCCCACCGGCCCGAAUGCAUUCCACUGUAAUCUGUGCGACCUGGCGCUCACAUCGAUGACUCAUGCCCGCCAGCACUAUGCCGGGCGCAAGCAUCAGCUGGUGGUACAGAAGCGUUCAAAGCCAUCUGGAGCUGGAUUCUACAAUGAGGAAGGCAAAUGGGUGCGCACUGGCACUAAAGCGGAAGUUGUUCCAGACGACGGCCGCUUUGGCAUUGGCGAACUAUUCAUCAAGGCAACGGCUGCAGCAGAACUGCAAGAAGUUUCCGCCAAUGGCGAGCAUCAGCAGCAGCAGCAGCAGCAGCUGAUAGUUAAGAUACCUGUUGUAGACGAAAGCCUUACCUGUAAAGUAUGCAAAAUCAGCGUUACAUCCGCAUCGCAAAUCAAAAUGCAUCUCGAUGGUGCCAAGCACCAGAAAAAUCUACGCAAGCAGAUCCUUGAGGAGGAGGCAGCCACUCUUGACGCAAGCGGCGGCCAGCAGCAGAAUUCACUAGCAGCCGCCCUCGCCACCGAUACGAAUGGAGACCUAUCCAUGUAUCGUACCCCUUCCGGGUCCUAUUAUUGCAAGCUAUGCAAUAAGGCCAUGAAUCACAUAUCCAUAUUGCAGCAGCACUUGCUGGGCAAGAAGCAUCUAAAGACUGUGCGUCACCAGACAGAGAAAACGAUCUCCACCCAAUAAGCAAUAAACCCAACUAUCUAUGAAUAAAGCAAUAGUUGCUUAACAAAUGUCAGCCGCAUUCAUCACGAAUUGUUCCCACAUUCUUGCUGGUCACACAAAUUUGUUAUACCUCAGCACCUUUUUGGCGCAGACGAAUGCCAUUUGCCAGAUGUUCAUCGUCAAUUGGAUAAAGCAAUCACCCUAUAUCUAGUAUCCCGAUCCUUGUCGAUCUUAUACCUUCACGAGGAUAUUAUAAUAUUGUCACGAACGCCUAGCAGAUCCCAUUCAGUAAGAACAGUAUGAAAAGCCCCAUCAACGGUAUAGCCAUAUCCGGCUGGAUGUUUCUAGAGUUCCGACUCAACCUGCAUAUAUAAAAUUGGGUCUGAUCGGAUAUCUGUAUAUGUCUUGUCUCUCUAGCUCUCUUUAGCACAAUCUUAUCAAGGCCGGAUAGCUUAUCAAAGGGCUUGUGUGUAACAUAAGCUAGGACUUUGAUAUGAUAUGCUCUGAGAUAUACAUAUAGAAACAUGCAGACGGAAAUGACUAUAUUUAGUUAUAGGCGCUUUUGAAGAGGAGCUGCAGCAGGGAAUUUGAUUGUUCACAGACAUUUGUAAAAGUUGGAAAAAUUGAAUGUACAUCCGAGAAUACGCUAGUCAAUAUUUUAGUCAUAACUAUAAAAUACGUUUUUAUCUCAUUGUACGAA